AUGUGGGAACCAGUGGCUCUCCCCUUCCAGAGCUCCCACCCUUUGCCUACUCUACCUACAAUAGAUGAAAUCCGUGCUUGCACCAAUGUUCUGUGGGAGACCAGGGCCUCCAAAGUUGUGGCGGUGAACAACGAUAUUGUUGUGAAAUAUGGAUAUCGUGUAGAAACCUGGGAAGGCCAGGCUUUAAUUUACCUUGAACGACACGUCCCAGAAGUUCCGGCCCCUCGCCUGUAUGCGAUGUACUACGAUUCCGAGCAGCUUAUCUUGAUCAUGCAACGCGUUCCCGGGGUGCAGCUGAAUUCCAUUUGGCCAUCAUUGGCGCCCUCUGAGAAGGAUGAUAUUAUCGCCAAACUCCAGCGAGCAUUCGACGCAAUGAGAAAGGCCGAAUGUCCAUGGCCCGACUUCUUCGGAGGCUUAGAUGGGGGCGCCGUACAUCACUACCUAUUCUAUAGCCAACGUGGCGAUGAGGGAUUUCUCGGGCCUUUCUCCGGCGAACCUGCCCUCGUUGCGGGCCUUGUCGGGAAUUAUAGAGCCUUGGUCGAAAACAAUAAACACCCAGACUACAAGGCUCGCUUUUACGAAAAAUACCUCCCUCGCGUUCUUCAAGGUCACCGGCCCACACUGACGCAUGGGGACAUUCAGCAGAAAAACAUCAUGGUCGCGGAGAAUAAAAAUCGCCAAAACGAUCAAGGUGGGCGAUCAUUUGACGUCGUACUCGUCGAUUGGGAGAAUUCCGGUUGGUUUCCUGACUUCUGGGAGUGCUUUUGUGCAUCUUGUCCCCUACAUUUCCAAUGGGAUGAAGACUGGUCCUGGCGAGUCCAGGAGUUUGUUCAAUUCUGGCCCGCCGAGAUGUCCAUGAUGCACCUGGUUGACAGGGAUUUAGGCUGGUGA